UCUCAGAUGCAGAGGAGUAGCUGGCCGAUCAGCACCACGUUGGGUCGUUAGGAAGUCUCAUAGACUGGUUGGGGGCUGUACCACGCCAGAUUCUCAGCUGAGAACAGGAGCUGACCCUUCAGAGCAACACUGGAUGUUUAGCUGAGCUCAGUCCCUGGAUAUGAGCUGCUCCUUUAGGACCCCAUUUAUGGUCUCUCUCCCAGUGGGGAGAAGACAAGCAGGAUAUGGGCAAGCAGCAAUGAGGCAUUUACUUUUAAUGCUAACCACGCAAGGAAUUUAAAGUUUGAUUACUUUUAUUGGCUCAUUAGAAAGUGUAGCAUUUUGGAAUCAUUCAUAUUUGGUCUGGUUAUACAAGACUUUCAAGGACUAGCCAGGGAAAUUAGGCAGACGUUGUCAAGGUCACGGAAAGUUUGAUUCAGGAUACAAUUUUGGAGAAUCUACAUGUCUACCAAAACACCAUCUUGAUCUGAUACAGAAACAUCCUAGGUUAAUACUUUUCCAUUGUAUUCCUGUAGAAUCUGUUUAAAGUCUCCCAGCAGAUUGCCACUUGCUCAGUUACCAGUCUAAAAAAAAAAGAGGCCCAACUAUCAUGACCAAGUAUGAGGAUGUGUGACAGAGGUGUUCAGAUGCUCAUCACCACAGUGGGGGCCUUCGCAGCUUUCAGCCUGAUGACCAUCGCGGUGGGCACGGAUUACUGGCUUUAUUCUAGAGGGGUCUGCAAGGCUAAGUCCAAUAAUGACAAUGAAACCAGCAAGAAGAACGAAGAGGUGAUGACUCACUCAGGAUUAUGGAGAACCUGCUGCCUUGAAGGAGCCUUCCGAGGAAUGUGCAAGAAAAUUGACCAUUUUCCCGAGGAUGCCGAUUAUGAACAGGACACGGCGGAGUACUUACUGCGUGCUGUACGUGCUUCCAGUAUCUUCCCCAUCCUUAGUGUGGGUCUUCUCUUCUUUGGAGGUCUGUGUGUGGCUGCCAGUGAGUUUUAUAAGAAUAAGCACAAUGUGAUUCUUAGUGCAGGGAUCUUCUUCGUCUCAGCAGGACUAAGCAACAUCAUUGGAAUAAUUGUCUACAUUUCAGCCAAUGCUGGUGACCCCGGUCAAAGCGACUCAAAGAAAAGCAACUAUUCCUACGGCUGGUCCUUUUAUUUUGGAGCACUUUCUUUUAUUAUUGCCGAGAUGGUUGGCGUACUAGCGGUACAUAUGUUUAUUGAAAAGCAUCGCCAAAUAAGAGCCAAAUCUCAAUCCGACCUCUUCAAAAAAUCUGCCUUUACCCGGAUACCCAGCUACCGAUAUCGCUUCCGCCGGCGCUCCAGCUCGCGCUCCACCGAGCCCCGUUCUAGAGACCCUUCCCCUGUUGGCAAAAGUUUCAAUCCCAUUCCCACCAGUGACAUCUCCCUCUAUACUUUAACCCGGGAUCCCACCAAGAUGACUGUUGGCUCUUUACUAAACUCUGAAAGGGAGCACAACUUUCUCCAAGUUCACAACUCCAUUCCUAAAGACUACAAAGAGUCUCUACAUAACAAUGCAUCCAACAGGCGCACGACACCGGUUUGAGGCUCGUGACCAAAAGGGAUUAUGGGGCCUGCAGCACAGUUAAACAUGGGGGCAUCUCAGAUGAACACGGAGGUGCUCUAACACACAACCUAUCAAUAGAAACCACAAACCAUGGGGAGGCAACAUGUACAAAACCACACAAAUUACAUCACUUCCUUUUUGGAGCAAUCCAACACCAAAAAUCGUCACAAAAUUCUGGCUUGACGGCUCGUAGCGUGAUGUUGAAACCACAACCUUUAGAAACAUGGAAAGAUUGUAUAUGUUAUUUAAGUGCUUGUGUUUUAGGAUGGAAUAGGA